AUUAGGAAAGGCGACCGAAUCCUCGAAGUGAAUGGCAUUAACGUCGAGGGCGCCACUCAUAAGCAGGUUGUGGAUCUAAUAAAGAGCGGUGGAGACAAACUGACACUUACGGUGAUUUCGGUCACUCCACGGGAGGCCGAGAAGUUGGAGCCGAACGACGAGACGUCCAGCUAUUCAUACCUGGAUUACAGCGAAAAGCGUUCGCUUCCCAUAUCUAUUCCCGAUUAUAAUUACAUCGAAAGAAAUGCCGACAAAUAUGUGGUGUUCAACAUAUAUAUGGCGGGCCGUCAUCUGUGUUCGCGAAGGUAUAAGGAAUACGUGAAUCUCAACACUAAUCUGAAGAAAGAGUUUCCGGAUUUCCAAUUCCCGAAACUGCCGGGAAAGUGGCCCUUCUCUCUGUCUGACCAACAGUUGGACACUCGGCGCAGGGGUUUAGAGCAAUAUCUUGAAAAGGUUUGCGCCGUACGAGUGAUCGCCGAAUGCGAUAUAAUGCAAGAGUUUUUGACUGAUUUCGAUGACCAACACGGUACGAAUUCAGCGCCGGUUGACCUGAAAAUACUUCUUCCCGACAAAAACACAAUAUCAGUGAACGUCCGGAAGAAUAGCUCAACGGUUGACGUGUUUGAAGUGGUGGUCGAGAAGAUAGGGCUGAAGAAAGAGAUGUGCGAAUACUUUGCGUUAUUCGAAACGGUUGAGUACGGCUUCGAACGCAAACUGUCGCGAACUGAAUAUCCGCACUCAUUGUAUAUUCAGAACUACUCGACCGCCGCCUCCACUUGUCUUCUCAUUAAGAAAUGGUUAUUCUCUUUGCCUAAAGAAAUAGAGUUAAGUAAAGAUGAUUUGGUCGAGACUUUCUUCUUCUGGCAGGCUGUCGAUGAUGUAAAUAAGGGACAAAUAAGACCAGGAAAUAAACUCUAUGAACUCAAAGCACUGCAAGACUCGUCCAAAAAAUCAGAGUAUCUAAAACUCGCCCGAACUCUCGAUGGUUACGGAGAGCUAUCGUUUCCUCACUGUUCCUGUGAUGCCCGCAAAGAGGGACAUGUGAUCGCAACGAUAGGCACCCCUUGCUUUAAAUUACAAGCCUGUAAAGACGACGGCACUCUAGAAUCACAAGUAAUAGAUUUCAAUUGGGAAAGCAUUAAGGAAUGGGAGAUCGAUGAAGAAGGUCUGGCAUUUGCUUUUCAAUAUAGUAGACCCGAUAAAAAGCCACGUUUUGUUAGAAUCCAUACGCCAUAUCACGUUUUCCUUUACGACUGUUUUGAACGAAUUCGAGAGGAAAAGGAUUCAAUGGAUCACAAGAAAGUUGAAUAUAGAGACCAACAGUUUUAAAAACAGUUAAUGAAAUACUUGAGUACAAUCUAUACCACUCUUGAGAACCUUUACAUUCACGCCAUAUAUGUUUUUGUGGUAUUUAUUUCCAUAAUAUUCUUAAUAAAGAGUUUUAUAUUUUUAUCAAAACACAAA